UACGUGCCCCCCGCCCCCACGCCACAGGACAAUCUCCGACGAACCUUCGCGCGUCCUCCGCCUUCCUCCCAAAGCGCCGCCACGGGGAACGCGCUGGUUUCCCGCGCCAGCAACGGCGGCGGCGGCGGCGGCGGCCUCCGAGCCAAGGUGAGGGCCGCCGCCAGCCUCUCCCGCCGAUCGCCGCCGCCGCAGCCCGGGGCCGCGUUCGACCCCUUCGACGUCGAUGCCGAUCCGCCGCCGCGACUGGAGCUGACGCCUGAGCAGGUCGGGCACUGCAGCGAUGCACUCGCGCACCUCGAGGAGAAGAGGAAGAGGCUGAGUGACUUGUCAGAAGAAUUCGGAAGCCUCAAGUCAAUUUUUCAGGACAUGAGACUGACUAAAAGGAUUAGUGUGGCUCAUUAUCCUGUUAAUAGGCAAAAGAAUCGCUAUAUUGAUGUCUUACCAUUUGAUGAUACCAGGGUACAGCUGAAAUCAUCGACAACCAGUCAGACUUCAAACAAUGAUUACAUCAAUGCAAGCUUCAUAACGGCUACUGAGGACAACAGAGUUGCAACAUUUAUUUCUACUCAAGGUCCCUUGGUGAAGACAUUUGAGGAUUUUUGGGAAAUGGUCUAUCAAUAUCAGUGUCCUGCAAUUGUCAUGGUCACUCAAUUUGAUAGUUUUAAGUGUGAUAAGUAUCUCCCAUUGCGCAAUGGGCGAGGGGCAUAUGGAAAAUAUGAUGUGCAGAUUGUGAAGACAAGAACAGAUAACCAUCAAUUAUGGCUGCGCAAAGUGCAGGUGCUAAACAUGGAGUCAGGCAAGGUUCAUUCUGUACUCCAUAUAGAAUAUCCUGAUUGGCCCGACCAUGGAGUGCCAACCAAUACUGAUGCUGUACGACAAAUCUGGAAGCGACUACAUCACAUUCCAACAGAACAUCCAAUAGUUGUACACUGCAGCGCAGGUAUUGGAAGAACUGGUACUUACAUCACCAUCCAUACUACAAUUGAGAGAAUCCUCAUUGGUGACAAAAGGUCUUAUGAUAUUGUUGAAACAGUAAAGAAUUUUAGAUCCCAACGACCUGGAAUGGUCCAAACUGAGCAACAAUACAAAUUCUGCUAUCAGGUGAUUGUUGAUGAGCUGAAAGAUCUGCUAAACUCAGGCCAUUGAGGAAGAACCAAGCACAGAAGCGCAAUCUGUGUUUCAUCCUUGGACCUCUGAUUACUAUGCCAGUCCUGUGCACACGCCAUUUUGUUGAGUGCCCUGCAUUGCUUCUUGCGAAUGGAGCCAUUGCAAGAAGACCACAAUUCAAAUGAGGAUAUUAGAUUAGAUUUACAUGUUUCAGCUGCUCCGUGCCUGUAAUUUCAUUGCAGUUUGAAUAAAUGUUUCACUUUCCUCAACUCAGCGGUCUACCUCAGAUUUGUAACUCAAUUGGUUGUACCUUGUUGAACUAAGUUGUGUUGUUGCCCUUA